AACAUUUGAUCCGUGACACGGAUUUAGAAAGUACCAAACCUAUUACUAGCGAAAUACUUGAUGAAGUUAUCGAUCAAAAUGCACCUGAGGUGCCAAAAGAAGAACAACCUAAACCUAAAGACACAAAAAGCUUUUUCAGUGGUCUUUACGAAGCAGCUGAACUUGAAGAUAAUAUUGAAAAAGCCGUUGGGUUUAAUAAAGAUAAAGUUGAUGAUCAUGAAAAAGCUGAAGCACUCGUUGUUGUUGAAUCAGCCUCUCCAGAAAAAUGCAAAGAAAUCGUCUCAGGCCAAAAAGACGUUGGUUGUAUUGAAUUAAAUGAAACAAUUUGUAAUGAACUGGAUGUUCCUAAAGAAGAAAUUAUUGGUACAAUUCAAAAGAAAAUUACUAAUAAGAAACUUCUAUCACCUGAACUCUUAUCAAGUCUUGCAACUGCAAUUAAUGUUUCAUAUCUAAAGAAAGCUGCAUCUCAAAAUGAAGGUGAAUUGAAAGAUAAAUAUAACAAAGCCCUUGGAUAUCUCAAAAAACAAAUAGGCGAUGAAAUUGCCGAGAAAGAACUUUUAGAAUGCACUGAUGAUUUUGUGGUUGAGAAUUGUAUUAAGAAGGUGAUUAAAGAUAAAAAAAGGAAUGCAGUCGAUACGGUACAGAAGUCUACCACACCUGAGAAAUGCGAUGACGUAGUGUCUAAGCAAAAUAAUGAUGGAUCUUUUGAAGUUAGCGAAACAAUUUGUAAAGAAAUAGAUGUUCCAGUUACCAAUGUAGUAACUGAAGUGAAAAAAUACACACAAAAUCCAAAACUUAGAUCUCCAAAAUCAGAACCAUGGUGGAAGACAGCAUUUGCUACUAGCUACCUUAAUAUUGCUGCACCACAUCAUAAAAAACAAUGGGAAGAUAAACAUGAUAAAGCUCGUAAAUACCUUUCUGAUCAAAUUGGAGAUGCUGAUGCUGAAAAAGAAUUAUUAGAUUGCACUGAUAAAUAUAUCAUUGAUAAUAUUGCCAAAAAGGUUGAAAAAGACCAUAAGAAAGAAGCUGCAAUUGCUGUUGUUCAAGAAUCGGCUUCUCCUGAGAAACAUAAAGAAAUUGUAUCUAAACAAAAAAACGAUGGCAGCAUUGAAAUUGAUGAUUCAAUAUGUAAGGAAUUGCAAGCUCCUAAAGAAGAUAUUAUUACUACAAUUAAAAAGAAAGUUACUAAUAAGAAGCUUCAAUCACCCGACCUUUUAUCAAGUCUUGCAACUGCUAUUAAUAUCUCAUAUUUGAAAAACGCUGCCUCCAAAUACAAAGGUGAUUGGGAAGAUAAAUAUAAUAAAGCUCGUGACUAUCUUUCUAAGCAAAUUGGAGAUGCUGAGGCUGAAAAAGAAUUAUUAGAUUGUGCUGACGAGUAUGUAGUUGAUAAAACUACAGAUAAAGUGAUUGCAGAAAAGAAACGAGAUGUAAUUGAUCUUAAGAAAGAUGAAAUACCGAAAGAACAAUCUAAAGCUAAAAGCUUUAUCGGUAAUCUUUAUGAUGAAGCUGUUAAACUUGAAGAUCAAAUUGAAAAAGCACUUGGAUUUAAUAAAGAUGAAGAACUUGAUGAUCAUGAAAAAGCAGAAGCACUCAUAGUUGUUGAGGAAUCAGCCUCACCUGAGAAAUGCAAUGAAGUCGUCGCGGAUCAAAAAGAUGAUGGUUGUAUUGAAUUAAGCGACACAGUUUGUGAUGAAUUGGAUGCUCCUAAAGAAGAAAUUAUUAAGACAAUUCAACCAACACUUACAAAUAAUAAGCUCCAAUUACCUAAUCUUCUAUCAAUUCUUUCAACUGCAAUUAACCUUUCAUAUCUAAAAAAUACCGCGCCUAAACUUAAAGGUGUAUGGGAAGAUAAAUAUAAUAAAGCCCGUAAAUAUCUCUCAGACCAUAUAGGAGAUGAAGAUGCCGAGAAAGAACUUUUGAAAUGUGCGGACGAUUAUGUAAUUGAUAAUUGUGCAAAGAAGAUGAUUAAAAAUAAAAAGAGAAAUGCAGUCAUUAUGGUGCAGGAGGUUGCUACACCAGAGAAGUGUGAUGUUAUAGUAUCUAAUCAAAAGAAUGAUGGGUCGUUUGAAGUUAGCGAAACAAUUUGUGAAGAAAUAGACGUUCCAGUUACCGAUGUAGUAACUGAAGUGAAAGAAUAUACACAAAAUCCAAAACUUAAAUCUCCAGAAUCAGAACCAUGGUGGAAGACAGCACUCACUACUAGCUACUUUAAUAUCGCUGCACCACAUAAUAAAAAUCAAUGGGAAGAUAAAUCCAAGAAAGCUCGUAAAUACCUUUCUGAUCAAAUUGGAGAACCUACUACUGAAGAAGAAUUAUUAGAUUGCACUGAUAAAUAUCUCGUCGAUAAUAUUACUAAAAAAUUUGAAAAAGAUCAUAAGAGAGAGGUUGCAAUUGCUGCUAUUCAAGAAUCAGCUUCUCCCGAUAAACAUAAAGAAAUUGUAUCUAAACAAAAAGACGAUG